AAUAACAAUUACGACAACACAAAAACAAUCCCUCUCUCUCUAAUAACUCGCUUCUUUGUUUUCUCUUCAGUUUCUUUUUUUCUUACUCUUUUUCGUUUGAACGUUGAUACACAACUGUAACGUAGCAAUAAGAACGUGGUGACUGAAACAAACAUGGCCACCGGCGGUUUCCUGCUUUAUUUGCUUUCAGGUUUCUCGUUGGCAGUUCUCUCUGCGUUCUUUCUCAUUGGCAAGAAUGAUACAUACCCACAUGAGUAUCUUGUUUCUUCUUCAAACUCUUUCUCGAGAUAUGCUUCAAGCGCAGAGAAAGUUUGGCCUGAUUUGAAGUUUAGUUGGAGAUUAGUGUUGGCAACCUUAAUAGGAUUUCUUGGAUCGGCCUGUGGAACGGUUGGUGGGGUUGGUGGUGGAGGCAUUUUCGUUCCAAUGCUCACUUUGAUCGUUGGGUUUGAUACUAAAUCUGCGGCGGCUCUUUCUAAAUGCAUGAUUAUGGGGGCAUCAGCAUCAUCAGUGUGGUACAAUCUGAAAGUGAGCCAUCCAACAAAAGAAGUACCAAUUUUAGACUAUGAUUUGGCUCUUCUGUUCCAGCCUAUGCUUUUACUCGGCAUCACAGUCGGUGUUGCUCUUAGUGUUGUCUUUCCCUAUUGGCUCAUUACUGUCCUCAUCAUUAUACUUUUUAUUGGAACCUCAUCAAGGUCUUUCUACAAGGCGAUUCAAAUGUGGAAGGAGGAGACAAUUUUCAAGAAGGAAAUGGCCAAACAAAAAGAAACUCUGGUUAAUUCUCAUGGAGAACUCCUGGUCGAUGCAGAGUAUGGUCCAUUGGUUCCUAGAGAAGAGAAAUCAGAUGUGGAAAUAUUGCAUUUCAAUCUUAGGUGGAAAUGGCUUUUUAUGCUAUUUGCUGUCUGGGCCUUGUUCCUAGUCAUUCAGAUCAUCAAGAAUGAUGUAACUACUUGUGGUGCAUGGUAUUGGGUGUUGUUCUGCUUACAGUUUCCCAUAGCUCUUGUUGUGUUUGGAUAUGAAGCAGUCAAAUUGUACAGAGAACACAAGAAUAGAAUGAGCACAGGAAACACAGAAUCCAUUUGUGAGGCUUCAAUUGAAUGGACUGCAAUGCACAUUGCAUUCUGUGCAUUUUGUGGUAUCUUGGGUGGCACCGUUGGAGGGCUGCUAGGUUCUGGUGGUGGAUUCAUCCUCGGCCCCCUCCUCCUCGAGAUCGGUGUCAUCCCCCAGGUUGCUAGUGCAACAGCAACAUUUGUGAUGAUGUUCUCAUCAUCCUUGUCUGUGGUUGAGUUCUAUUUGCUCAAAAGAUUCCCAAUUCCCUAUGCAUUAUAUCUUAUGUCAGUGUCAAUUCUAGCUGGCUUUUGGGGUCAGUAUUUUAUAAGAAAACUUGUGGCCAUUCUGAAAAGAGCUUCAAUUAUCGUCUUUGUCCUCUCUGGUGUGAUCUUUGCUAGCGCUAUCACAAUGGGUGUUGUAGGCGUAGAGAAAAGUAUUACAAUGAUACACAAUCACGAGUUUAUGGGAUUCUUAGGCUUCUGCAGCAGCCAAUGAUGGUCAGCGAAAACAGCAUUUGAAUGAAGAAUAAAGAAUCAAUGGAAUGUGCAAAUUUAGGUAGCAGAAAUAUCUGGGAUUUUGGUCAAUGCCUUGUUGACAAAACCAGAAAGUAAAUAAAGGCAUGAAUGUGUCUAUUCCUAGAGCUUGUGUUGAGUGUAAGUUUCUAGCUGACACCACCAGCUUGCUUUUCUUCAAUAGUAGAACUCUCAUGUACCUUAUAUUCAUUCAAAUUAAAUUAAUUUUAUGAUUGUUAAUUGAA